AUUUGUCGAGUAGAUCGCGCGGCAGCUGCACUCCACCUGAAGAUAAGUAAAGAUGACUCCUCGUACCUGCUCACUACUAUAUCUGUCGUCACCUUUACGCAAACUUAAACUUGGGUAAGCCACUCUGAGCCUCCUCUCUUGCGCACCACGGCUCCGACUCCCCCUCCCCUGCGCCUCCUCCUCCUCCUCUCCCUCUCCCUCCUCCUUUCUCUCCUUCUGCAGCACCACUAAGCGAGCUGUAACGGGACACUUUCAGCGCACAAAACCUUUACCCGCUUCCCAUCUCUGACAUGUCCAGGCUGUCUGCGCGCCUUCCACCAGCUUGGAUGAUGCGGAUGCCGGAGACGUGUGUGCUCUUGUGAUGACAUGUGGCGGCUGAGAAUGCUCGUUGACACCAUGAUGUGGUGUUUAAAGCUCUGAGGGACUGCGAGGCGACAGAGGGAUUUUACUCGGAGGCAGUUCGGCCGUCUGGGCAUGAGUGCGGGACUAAGGAUGAGCCUGCAUGAUGCCACCACAUGUCUAGGCCCUCCCUAAUCCUGCUGCGGCGACACCGAGGAUUCCCCUCAGUCAUCGGACUCCAAUUCUACACAUUUGCCUGCUUGACUCAUCCAGCUCAUUCUCGGCAGCUAUCAGCCGCUGAUCAAUCCUGCCCCACGCCCUCUAUUCAAGCCUUUUCUUUCCGAGGCUCUGGCUUCAGAUCUGGGGUUGCCCAUAGAUCUGAUGCCGAAUCCUGAUACACAGUCUACUGUGGAUCUCUGAUGAGAACUCAGCGAAACUCAAACGUCAUAACCUUCCCCGUUUGUGCUUUUGCUCGGAAGCCGAAGCCAUAGGUUGUGUAUUUCUGAGAAAAAAGAAACUCUGCACUGGUUUCUUUUUUGUUCGCCUUGUCUGCAGCAGAUGUGGGCUGUGACAAGUUGUAGCACGAGGCUGCUACACAAAAAGGACUGAUUCUUCAUGAGUCCAGUGGGGCGCUAUCUGCAGACCCUUUCCCGUCUUGGUUACCUGGUCUGAACUGCCCGCUCCGGAGCAGUGCGCUUUCCAAAUGCUGCCAUGCCCAUCAUCAGCAAUGCCAACCAUGACUUCAGCAACCUGUCGGUCAGCGAUGACAGCAGCCUUGACCGCAUCUUCACCGAGAUCCCCGAGACCGAGACCAUCAAGGGUGUGCACUACCAAAGAGCUCAGUUCAUCCGUCGGCCAGAGGACUUGGUGUCCGUCGACCAUGCCUUGCUGGCGGUGAUCAACGUCGGUGGAAACCGCUACACCUUCCCCUGGAGCACCCUGGAGCAAUUUCCCCUCACGCGGCUCGGCCGCCUCUGCGGCUGCCGCUCGCCUGAGGACAUCGCCAGCGUGUGCGACGACUACGACGAGGCCCACAAGGAGUUCUUCUUCGACCGUUCGCCGUCGGCCUUCAGGGUCAUCCUCAACUUCCUGGCUGCGGGGAAACUCCGGCUGUUGCGGGAGAUGUGCGUCCUCUCCCUGCACGAUGAGCUGACCUACUGGGGCGUGGAGAUGGCGUACAUGGAGCGAUGCUGCAAGAGGAAGAUGUACACGCGCAUCGAGGAGGUAAACGAGCAGGAGAGGCGCGAGGAGGAGUGCAGGCAGAGGAACGCCAUGCAGCGAGUGAUAGUGGAGGAGACGCGCUACCGAAAAGUGAUGAACUGGCUGCGGGACACGAUGGAGAAUCCACACUCGGGCUUGCCGGGGAAGAUCUUCGCCUGCAUGUCGGUGAUCAUGGUCGCGGUGACCGUUGUCAGCCUGUGCAUCAGCACUAUGCCAGACCUCAGAGAGGAAGAGGACAGGGGCGAGUGUUCCUCCAAAUGCUACAAUAUGUUCAUCAUAGAGACGGUGUGUGUAGCCUGGUUCUCUCUGGAGUUCAUCCUGCGGUUCAUUCAGGCUCGCAGUAAGCUGGACUUUCUCCGCGGGCCGCUGAACAUCAUCGACGCCAUGGCCAUCCUUCCCUACUAUGUGUCCCUCGUGGUGAAAGAGGAGGACCCGACCAUGGAGCACGAGAGGCCAGGAGGAGGUAAGGGCUACUUAGACAAGCUGGGCCUGGUGCUGAGGAUCCUGCGGGCUCUGAGGAUCCUCUAUGUAAUGCGGCUGGCUCGCCACUCUCUCGGCCUGCAGACGCUGGGGCUGACGGUCAGGCGCAGCACCCGGGAAUUCGGCCUCCUCUUGCUUUUCCUCUGCGUGGCCGUCACCCUCUUCUCGCCGCUCGUCCACCUGGCCGAGAGCGAGCUCACGGGCACCCAUGACUUCAGCAGCAUUCCCGCCUCCUACUGGUGGGCCAUCAUCUCCAUGACGACGGUGGGGUACGGCGACAUGGUGCCGAGGUCCAUUCCGGGACAGGUUGUGGCGCUGAGCAGCAUCCUCAGCGGGAUCCUCAUCAUGGCCUUCCCCGCCACCUCCAUCUUCCACAUGUUCUCACGCUCCUACCAAGAGCUCAAGAUGGAGCAUGACCGAAUGAUCAAAGAGGAGUGCGCCGCCGCCGCGGCUGCGGCCGCUGCCGCCACAGGGGAGCUGCAGGAGGUGGGAGGUGAAGGAGGGAGAGAGGACUCGGCCUCGCCUGGGCUGGGAUUACGUAUAGACAAGGGCAGUGUUCACUCACUGGAGUCCAUGGCUCUGCUGGGGAAAAGCGGUGAAGCUGCAGGAAAUAAUAACUACGGCAUUCCAGCUGCAGCUUUCUGAACAGUAUUCUAACCGAAUGACUCAAUCCUAAACUUCCGAGAAGUCCACUUGUCUCCAUGUCGCAUACAGUGAAAGUGACUGUCGCCCCAAAGGCCUCACUAUCCAUGCACUUCUGACUCGGUGGGUGUUGCGUCGGAUGAAAAACGAUCGAAUGAAACGCGUUUCUUUUGGUCUUCGGUGUGACGAUGAGGAGUGAGAACGCUGCGGACUGCUCAGAAACUGAAAGACGUUAAACCCUUUAAACUGGACAGUCCAUUAGUCUGACCAGAAAGCCUCUGCAGCAUUAUAAGUCACAGGCUGCUUCUAUUAACAUGCAAUAUUCAAUCCAAAGUUGCUUUUCCUUCCACUGUGAAAAUACUUAUCAGCCUGACUGCUUUUAGUUCCAUGGUCAUUAUUUUUUAAUAUGUUGCCUACGGUACGAUCUCAAAGGGUGAAUCAUACCGUAUACUCUUCUGCCAUGAAUUCGAUGAAGUGCUCCUCUUAGUUUAUUUUUAAGAAGCCUGAAGCCAUGUUCUGAAAAGAAAUCUAAACUGUUUUAUCCUUAUAUGAUGUAUAUCUAUCUCUUUGUCACGUAUACUCAUAUGCUUGGAAAGAAGGAACGAUAUCUUCCGUCUCUACUAUAAACUAAAGGCAAAGGGCGGCGUGUCGCAGAACGGUCCUGAUUGAUUUUGAUCAAUAAGUAAGUUAACGGAUGGAGAGAGGAGAGAGGGGGUGAGUGUGAGAGUGAAAGAGAGCGAGCGCUAACAACCAUGAAAUGUACUUUGCAACGGUCCAAAUAAAAGCUCUCCUAGUAAUCUGAGAGAAAUCCA